UAAGAGACACAUCUUCACCUUGAGUCCCGGCAGCGACAAAGGAUUUCCUCCUCCGCUUCAUGAACACACACACCGAGUCCCGUGCAGUGCCGGAGACCUGCCGGAGUUUUAGCCCAGAUUGGAGAAAGGACAUAGCGUGUGACCGUCAUGGCAGCGUCGGAGCUGUACACAAAGUGUGCUCGGGUGUGGAUCCCUGAUGCAGAGGAGGUGUGGAAGUCUGCUGAGCUCAUCAAGGACUACAAAAAUGGCGACGCCUCCCUGCAGCUCAUGCUGGAGGAUGGAACGAACAUUGAGCACAAACUGGACCCCAAGACGAAGAACCUGCCUUACCUGCGAAACCCAGACAUCCUGGUGGGCGAGAAUGACCUCACAGCGCUCAGCUACCUCCAUGAGCCGGCCGUGCUGCACAACCUCAAAGUCCGCUUCAUCGACUCUAAGCUCAUCUACACUUACUGUGGAAUCGUUCUGGUGGCCAUCAACCCGUAUGAGACGCUGCCAAUCUACGGAACAGACAUCAUCAAUGCCUACAGCGGUCAGAACAUGGGAGACAUGGACCCACAUAUCUUUGCUGUGGCAGAGGAGGCUUACAAACAGAUGGCCAGGGAUGAGAGGAACCAGUCCAUCAUUGUGAGCGGGGAGUCCGGAGCAGGAAAGACAGUAUCAGCCAAAUAUGCCAUGAGAUACUUUGCUACGGUCAGCGGCUCCGCCAGCGAGGCCAACGUGGAGGAGAAGGUCUUGGCCUCCAACCCCAUCAUGGAGGCCAUUGGAAAUGCAAAGACCACCAGAAAUGACAACAGCAGUCGUUUCGGCAAAUACAUCGAGAUCGGCUUCGACACCCGCUACCGUAUCAUCGGUGCCAACAUGAGAACAUAUCUGCUGGAGAAAUCACGAGUGGUGUUUCAGGCGGAUGAGGAGAGAAAUUAUCAUAUCUUCUAUCAGCUCUGUGCAUCAUCCCAUCUGCCUGAGUUCAAGACUCUGAAGCUGAGCAGUGCAAACGACUUCCUGUACACAAGGCAGGGCCGCAGCCCUGUUAUCGACGGUGUGGACGACACCAAGGAGCUGUGCACCACUCGCAAUGCCUUCACAUUGCUCGGUAUUAAUGAGUCCUAUCAGAUGGGCUUGUUCCAGGUUUUGGCUGCUAUUCUUCAUCUGGGAAACGUGGAAAUAAAGGACAGAGACUCAGACAGCAGCCUCAUUGCUCCCAACAAUCGCCACCUGACGGCAUUCUGCGAGCUGGUGGGUGUGACCUACCAGGACAUGUCUCAGUGGCUCUGCCACAGGAAGCUGAAGACGGCCACGGAAACGUAUAUCAAGCCCCUCCCUCGACUGCAGGCUACCAACGCCCGUGACGCGCUGUCCAAACAUAUCUACGCCAAGCUCUUCAACUGGAUCGUGGAGCACGUCAACAAGGCUCUGAUCACCAGUGUCAAACAGCACUCUUUCAUCGGGGUCCUCGAUAUUUAUGGGUUUGAGACAUUCGAGAUCAACAGCUUCGAGCAGUUCUGUAUCAACUACGCUAAUGAGAAACUCCAGCAGCAGUUCAACAUGCAUGUGUUUAAGCUGGAGCAGGAGGAGUACAUGAAGGAGCAGAUCCCCUGGACUCUGAUUGACUUCUACGACAAUCAGCCCUGCAUCAACCUCAUAGAAGCCAAGAUGGGAAUCCUGGACCUGUUGGAUGAGGAGUGCAAAAUGCCUAAAGGUUCAGACGACUCUUGGGCUCAGAAACUGUACAACACCCAUCUGAAGACCUGCUCCCUCUUCGAGAAACCGCGCAUGUCCAACCGCGCCUUCAUCAUCCAGCAUUUUGCAGACAAGGUCGAGUACCAGUGUGAAGGUUUCCUGGAGAAGAACAAGGACACUGUGAAUGAAGAGCAGAUCAAUGUGCUGAAAGCCAGCAAGAAGUUUGACCUGCUGGUGGAGCUGUUCCACGAUGAGGAGAAAGCAACCAGUCCCACUGGUCAGGUCCCCGGGACUGGAGGCCGGACACGACUCAGCAUCAAACCUGACAAGAGCCGGGAAACCAGCAGCCGGGAGCACAAGAAGACUGUCGGCUGUCAGUUUCGUAACUCUCUGCAAAUGCUGAUGGACACUUUGAAUGCAACCACCCCACACUACGUCCGCUGCAUCAAACCCAAUGACUUCAAGAUGGCCUUCUCGUUUGAUCCUAAACGUGCAGUGCAGCAGCUCAGAGCCUGUGGUGUCCUGGAAACCAUCCGCAUCUCUGCUGCAGGCUUCCCGUCCAGAUGGACGUACCAAGAGUUCUUCAGUCGUUACAGAGUGCUGAUGAAGCAGAAGGACGUGCUUCCGGACAAAAAGUUGACUUGCAGAAACGUUCUGGAGAAACUAGUGCAGGACCAAGAUAAAUACCAGUUCGGUAAGACCAAGAUCUUCUUCAGAGCCGGCCAGGUCGCCUAUCUGGAGAAGUUGAGGGCAGACAAGCUGCGUGCUGCCUGCAUCCGCAUCCAGAAAACCAUCCGCUGCUGGCUGGCACGAAAGAAGUAUCUGCGCAAGCGCUGCGCUGCCAUCACCAUCCAGAGGUUCACCAGAGGAUAUCAGGCUCGCUGCCUGGCCAAGUUCAUGCGUCGCACUCAGGCGGCCACCGUCAUCCAGAAGUACCAGAGGAUGUACGUGGAGAGGAAACGUUACAGGCAGAAGCAGGCUGCCGCCCUGGCCAUGCAGACCAUCCUCAGAGCUUACAUGGCGCGGCAGAAGUACCAGGCGCUGCUGCGGGAGCACAAGGCCGUGAUCAUCCAGAAACACGUCCGUGGCUGGUUGGCCCGGUGCUGGUACAAGCGCUGCCUUCGCUCCAUCGUUUACCUGCAGUGCUGCAUCCGCAGGAUGAAGGCAAGGCGCGAGCUGAAGAAGCUGAAGAUCGAGGCUCGCUCGGUGGAGCACUUCAAGAAACUCAACAAAGGCAUGGAGAACAAGAUCAUGCAGCUGCAGAGGAAGAUCGACGAGCAGAACAAGGAAAACCGGACGAUCAGCGAGAGGCUCAACGGUCUGGAGACUUCCUACUCUGCGGAGAGCGAGCGGAUGCGUGGCGAGCUGGGCCGUCUGCGCGGGGUGGAGGAGGAGGCCAGGAACAAAGCCAACCAGGUGACGUCGCUGCUGGAGGAGCUGGAGCGGCUGAGGAGGGAGCUGAGUUCGACGCAGCAGGAGAAGAAGACCAUCGAAGACUGGGCGCAGACGUACAGGGACGAAAUGGAAAAAAUGGUCUCGGAGCUGAAGGACCAGAAUGGCUUGCUGAAGACAGAGAAGGACGACUUGAACAGGUUGAUUCAGGAACAGAGUCAGCAGAUGACAGAGAAAAUGACCCGUGCGAUAGCAGAGGAGACUCAGCAGCUGGAGACGGAGCUGAACGACGAGCGAUCUCGCUACCAGAAUCUCCUGAGCGAACACCUUCGCCUCGAGGAGAAAUACGACGACCUGAAGGAGGAGAUGGCUCUCUCCUCGAACGUCUCCAAGCCUGGCCACAGGAGAACAGACUCCACCCACAGCAGCAACGAAUCAGAGUACACCUACAACUCAGAGUACGCCGAAUUGGAAGAAGGUUCCCGUGCCGCAGAAGAUGUGACACGAGGAAUAGACACCUCGCUGACCCUCAAGCUGCAGAAACGUCUCACGGAGCUCGAGCAAGAAAAGCAGUCGCUGCGCAACGAACUGGAAAACAAGGAGGAGCAGUUCCAGCGGGCUAGAGCCAGGGAUGAUGCAGAGUUCAAAAAGGCUCGUGGGGCAGAGCUGGAGUACGAGUCCCUCAAGCGUCAGGAGCUGGAAUCAGAGAACAAGAAGCUGAAACAUGACCUGGCAGAGAUGAGGAAAAGUCUGCUGGGUGACGCAGCCACAGGCGCUGGGGCCCCGGGCUCCCCUGCUUACAAGGUGCUGCUGGAGCAGCUCAACGCCUCCUGUGAGGAGCUGGAAGUCCGCAAGGAGGAGGUGCUGAUCCUGCGCUCCCAGCUGGUCAGCCAGAAGGAAGCCAUGCACCACAAGGAUGAGAAGGAGACCAUGACAGAACCGUCUGUCUUUGUCGAGGAUGUGUCUAAACUGAAGGAUGCUGAUGAACUCAAACAAGCUUACAUAGGCCUCAAAGACACCAACAGAUCUCCUAGGUUCAUGCGUAAGCCGCUGGAAGUCAAUGAUCUCCUGAGUAGGCUCAGAUCCGCUGCUCCAGACUUCCAUAAGCUGAAUGAGGACGGAGAGCUGUGGCUGGUUAAUCAGGGCUUAAAGGAGACCAUCAGGUUACUGGAGCACCAGCUGCAGACUCAGCGGAGAACUUACGAUAGCGAGGUGGAGGCGUUGCGCGGCGAGCUGCAGAAUGUCAAGGAGGAGAACAAUCGUCAGCAGCAGCUCUUGGCCCAAAACCUCCAGCUGCCUCCAGAGGCCCGAAUCGAAGCCAGUCUGCAACACGAGAUCACUCGGCUCACUAACGAGAACCUGGAACUCAUGGCCGAGGACCCCACGGCAUCCAGAGAGGCUCGAGUCAUCAUUUUACGACGGAUGGUUGAUCUCAUGGAGCAGCUGGAGAAGCAGGACCGAACCAUCCGCAAGCUCAAGAAGCAGCUCAAGGUUUACUCCAAGAGGAUUGGAGAGAUGGGAGCGGGUCAAACAGAGGGCCAGACAUCUCCAGGACAGAUGGUGGACGAGCCCAUCCACCCCGUUAACAUUCCCCGCAGGGAGAAAGACUUCCAGGGAAUGCUGGAGUACAAGAAGGAGGAUGAGCUGAAACUGGUCAAGAACCUCAUCCUGGAACUGAAGCCUCGUGGUGUUGCCGUCAAUCUGAUCCCAGGUUUGCCAGCCUACAUCCUGUUCAUGUGUCUGAGACAUGCCGACUACGUCAAUGAUGACCAGAAGGUCCGCACUCUGCUCACCUCAACCAUCAACAGUAUUAAGAAGAUACUAAAGAAACGAGGCGAUGACUUUGAGACAGUCUCUUUCUGGUUGGCCAACACCUGCCGCUUCUUGCACUGUCUGAAACAAUACAGCGGAGAUGAGGCCUUCAUGAAGCACAACACAACGAGGCAAAAUGAACACUGUCUGUCCAACUUCGACCUGGCGGAGUACAGACAGGUGAUCAGUGACCUGGCCAUCCAGAUCUAUCAGCAGCUGAUCAAAUGCAUGGAGAACAUCCUUCAGCCCAUGAUAGUCUCUGGCAUGCUGGAACACGAGACCAUCCAGGGCGUUUCAGGGGUGAAGCCCACAGGUCUCCGUAAGCGGACGUCCAGUAUCGCUGACGAGGGCACCUACACCCUGGACUCCAUCCUGCGUCAACUCAGCGCCUUCCACUCCACCAUGUGUCAGCACGGCACCGACCCCGAGCUCAUCAAGCAGGUGGUGAAGCAGCAGUUCUACAUCAUCGGAGCCGUCACCCUCAACAACCUGCUGCUACGCAAGGAUAUGUGCUCCUGGAGCAAAGGCAUGCAGAUCAGGUACAAUGUGAGCCAGCUGGAGGAAUGGCUCAGAGACAAAGGUCUGAUGACGUGCGGAGCCAAGGAGACCCUGGAGCCUCUGAUCCAGGCCGCUCAACUGCUGCAGGUGAAGAAAAAGACUGACGAGGAUGCCGAGGCCAUCUGCUCCAUGUGUCAGGCCCUCACCACUGCUCAGAUUGUGAAGGUCCUGAACCUCUACACUCCAGUCAACGAGUUCGAGGAGAGAGUGUCAGUUGCAUUCAUACGAACCAUACAGACUCGCUUACGAGACCGCUGCGAGAGUCCCCAGUUGUUGAUGGACACAAAGAUGAUAUAUCCAGUCACCUUCCCGUUCAACCCUUCCUCCCUCGCCCUGGAAACCAUCCAGAUCCCCGGGUCACUCAACCUGGGGUUCCUCACCCGUGUCUAAACCAAGGCAACGCAGGACGACUCUGAGCCCUGCAGCGUUUUUUUUGGCUUAGCAUCCACUGUUGGAAUUGCAGGUCACAUGAAUGACACCCACUGGCCCCAAAAAAGCCCCAUAGACAGUCAUCACAAAAGAAAUAAAUACAUUUUUUGGGCGUCACAAACACUACAGAUUUGUAUUAACACAAUUUGAGCAGUUAUGUCCAAAAUAUUUAUUGAAAAGUCUCCUGUUGGUGUCCAGUUCUCCUCAACGUCCCUGGUCAGAAAUCUGGACAUUAACACACAAAACAUGCUAAAAUAAACACACAACCCCCCCCAACAUCCUGAACUUUAAACAUGUCGUCUGUACUAUACUUACAUCCUCUGUAUGUACACAUGCACGCCUACACUUUCGUGCACCUUCUCUCUGGCAAAAACGCACAAAAACACACAAAACCCACAGUCACCGCCGCUGCUGUCAGUUUAAAUCUGGCUGUAAAACACCGUUAUCCAUCCACUGCUUGUACAAACGCCUGCCUCUUAGAGAAGCCACAGGACCGGAUCGAUGCCGACAUCAACACCCGGGUCUGACUUAGUGAUCUCGACCCCGGUUACCCCAGCUCCCUCCUCUGUGUUUCAGGUAGUGGUUAUGGUAGUUCUUCUUCUUGUCAUCAUCUCGUUAUCCAGUAUCCAUUGAGAAUGUACGUAUCCGUACGGGAGAGCAGGCCCAAAAGGAGGUGCGGAGACCUCACGACAAGGAAUAAUGUGGCAACUUGUAGUCUGGCUUGAAAGUGAAUUCGGAGUCUUAGCAGAAAGCCAGUUGAGUGCUAAUGAUAGCUCUCUCUCCAGCCCAUGUUGAUGUUACCACGAACCAAGCUUCGUUCUGUAUGCUGUCAUUUUACUCUCUGAACACAGUCAAGCCAAGACAGAACUCGUCUUGUACUAUAUUAUUUAUACAUAUAUAAAUAUAUAUAUAAAUAUGAAUAACAUAUAUCAUGUAUUUUAUUUAUUGCAUUUGCCUCCGUCCCCAUCCUCCCUUUUUAAGAUUAGAAGCUUUCUCUUAGCAGAAAAUGCAUCCGACAUGAAGGAUGGGACCAUCAUUUCCCAAGAUGAACAGCUUAGUAAACACUGUUUUAGUUCCACUGUAGGCUGUUUACGUCAGUACCAGGUAAAUUAUAUAGGACAGUUUAACGAGUGCCGGCACAGAUGAUUAUUUGUUAGGUCAUUUAACAUAGAGAUGUUUCUUUAUCGUCAUAUCCUGCGUUUCUGGCAGAUGAAGUGUAGCAGGUUAGAAGGAAGGUACAAGGUCUUAAACUCUGCCAAGGCUUUAACCUGCUACAGUCUUUACUGUUUACAGCUGUGACUAGAGCUGAGCGUCACAGGACACACUGACUCAAAGAUAUUUACUCAAACAUGAACACAGACAUAUAUAUAUAUAUAUGUGUGUGUGUAAACAUAUACACACACACACACACACAUAUAACAUUACACUUACUGCUGUGUCCCCAGGGGUUUUCACGCUCUGAACACUUCCUUCUCUGGUCACAGCUCUGGUCAGAGCUUUGAAAAUGUUUUACCAUCAUCAUUGUGUAAUUAUUUAUUUUCAGUAUUGUCAUGUUCUUAAGAUGAUGUGUAUCGUAUAGCCAUGCGUCAGUGGGCAAAAUGGAGAGAAGCGGUUUCGCUGAAGUUGGUUUUGGGAGAGCUUGCCUCAGAUCUGUUUAGCUUUACUACGAUUUUCUCUGCUGUAUCCUGACUCUAACACUAACUGCAGCUUUGUGGACCGAUUCCUCUACUCGCCCCCUGCCUGUCCACCCCUAUGCCUUCCUAUGCCUUUUGUUUAGUGGAGCUCUCAUAACCAAAAACAUACUGACGUAGUAAGAGAUUGUUUUUUCUCUUUUGUGCACAGAUUGUUUUGGUUCAGAUAUCCAGACAUAUUUGGUACUUGCUUUUCAAAGGAUCGGUGGGGUGGUGACAUUGCACCACAUCAAUCACUGAGUCAGUAUAGCUUCAGUGUGCUAUACAGCACGCACUGCUGCUGCUACUGCUGCCCCCGUCCAACCUGCAUGCUUUACCAGCUACCAGACAUUAACCUGCAUGAUGCUACAGCUUUUUUUUUUUUUUUUUUAACUUUUGGUGUAACUGAGUCAUUGGAUGAGUGUCAGGAAUCUACCUGUUGUUACAAAAAGUCCUUUGUCUCUAGUGUUCAAUACGUUUACUUUCAUUUUUUUUACCAUUAGUAUUAGUAGCCAACCACAUUUGCCUCUUGCCCACGUGUGAACCUUAUUUUGCCCAGUGACCUUAUCCCUUAACAACGAAAUUUCACUUUGAUAGAAAUAUUUUGUUUUUAUUUUGAGGUGCUUACAUGCAUAGGAGAUUGUGAAUGGUCACCAAAACUGAACUCAGUACUUAUUUUUUAUUUUAUUUUUUGAAAGCUUAGUCUUACAAACAAGUCUUCUGAAGCAAAAAAAACCAAGCAAAGAUGCAAAAUAUUUUACAGUGGCGAGAACUAGGGAAACAUCAGCGAUGCAGCACGUGCUGAGAAAUAAAGUUUUAUCUGAAAUGAAGCAGCUCAUUAAGCCACAAAGCAGACCACUCUCACUCUGACAAGAACGAGCCACAGAUGAAAACACGUUGUAAGUUGAAUGAAGAGAAUUUAGUAUGUGAAAUAGUUUUGUGUUGCACUUGUCUUUGGAAAAAAAUUUGAUAUCCAUGUGUUCACACUGGGACCAUUGUAGUCCAUCUGCCUUUUGUCACCUUGUUUGGAUUUAAAGGUGGUUUAAGGUCUGUGUAAAGAGUACAUAUCUGAAGACAGAGACGGUAGCUGAAGGAAUUAAUUAAUCAUAUGAAUGUUUAAUAAUGUUAAUGAAGUGUAUCAUGAUUUUAGCUGCACAUUGUGAACAAAGCCUUAUCUGAAUUAUUUGCUAUCUGAAUGACUUACACACAUUAUCAACAUUGUGGCAUUGUUUUUUUUUUCAGUCAGUGCAGUAUUUUUUUUUCCCAGUGUAAAAUGAAUAUAAGUUGUUAAAUGUGAUCAUUUCUAUUUUGAUGAGGUGUCAUUUUGUCCUAAAUUUGGUGUAACAUAUGGGUUGCUGUCAAAAUGCACUUUUUAAACAUUGCAGAGGAAGUAGGAUAAAUAAUAGAUGGAAAUGGGCUGUAAAAAGACAUAUGUCACAAAUAAGAGCUUUUUUUUUCUCUCUCUCCCUCUUUACACAGCUGUGGCCCCUAAAGCUUCCUCUACCACAUUCCCUGUAGGACUGGGCGCUUCCUUUUCUUGAUCAGUGAUUUUUCUUGCUGUUUUAUUAAACUAUCAAUUAAUGCAAGCCAUAGGUAAGAAAGUAUACACUCAGUCAGUGUGGACGCAUACCCAGCCUUCUCAGACUCUGACUAUCCUUGUGGCUGGCCUAGUUUCAGAGGAGGAAAAAAACGUACGAGUUCAUUCAUCAGUUCGUAUUGUUGAGCCGAACCGCGGCGUCUUGCUUCCCCUGGGCUUCUCUUGGGCUCUCAAACAAGAGAAAAUUUCAUUCCUUCACUCUGCGUUUUGACAUCAAAGAGAGAGUUGGUUGUAUGAUAUGACGUAGACAUUAUAAAUUACCAUUGUUCUUAUCAGCACUAGUGUUGAUUGUGCCAUUUAGAAAGAAAAAAAAAGAAAGAAAAAUCAUUAAAAACAGAAGAUAUAUCAUCACCCCAGCUCUUGUGGUAACUGGCUGAAGCCAGGACCAACAUGUUUCCUCUCUAAACCCAUGUGUACAUUUGACAAACUGGACUGUUUGUAGUUUCUGGUAGCUGUGCUUAGUGAAUGUGUUCACCGUUAAGAAACUUGGAAUAAAUUGUCAAAUCUGUAAAAGUAAAAUAAAAGAAUCCAGCACUG